CUGUGCUUCGUCCAGGAGAUUGGCCUAAGAGAGAGGGAAUUGAACUUGUGACCUUGGAGCUUAAACCCCAAGCCUUAACCACAAUGCCACCCACCCUUAAGUUAAUUUAUUUAUUUUUUAGCUACAUCCACAGCAUAUAUUAUGAACUUCAAAUUUCAUAGAUACAAACUUGUACAUAUGAUUGCGGAAGGAAAUGAAUAAAUAUGCGUAAAUAAAAGAUUAGCUGGUCCGUGUUUAGGGGGGGCACCUAUGAAAAAUUCAGAGGCCAACCUUGGAUCUCUCAGCACAGCGCGCACACUAACACUAACACAAUCCCCACCCUCUUCCUCUUCCUCUUCCUCUUCCUCUUCCUCUUCGCACCCGAUCCUUUACGCUGGGUGUGUGUCGUUGCUGUCUCAUACUACUACUAUUACUAUACAUACAUACAUACAUACAUGAUGCAAUGAUGCCUCCCUCCCCACUUCCCACACUCUCUCUCUCUCUGGAGGAGUAGAUUAUUCUCUCUCUAUUCACUAUUCUAUUCUUGGCAUGCAUUAAAAUUUCAUACACACCCCCAUCCAAUCAUUUCUCUCUCUUCCCAAAAUUUUAGGAGAGGAAAAAAAAACACACGCGACCCAAAAACAAAGGAGGGAAAGGAAAACAAAAGAACGCCAAUGCCAUCACAACAACUAUACAUCAUCAUUGGAAAAGGAAUAGGAAUAGGAAUAGGAAUAGGAAUAAAAUCCUGCAGCAGCAGCAACAAUAAUAAUAAUAUUCCAUUGGGAAGAAGGAUUUGUUUCGAGUUGUCAUCGUCCUCGAAACAUCCCCAUCUCCUGUAAUGGGCGCGCACGCAGCCCCUUUUGUGCGCGCACCACCACCACCAACAACAACAACAACAACAUUGCUCAAUCUCCUCUGGCUCAAUCUCCUCCUCCUCGUCUUGUUCUUCUCCUCUACUACGGUCGGCGAUGCGGAAUCCGACGCCAACGCCCUCAUCAAAUUCAAGUCCUCUCUAUCCAAUGCGGAUGCUCUCCGUAGCUGGAACAUCAACAACAACAACAAUGAUCCUAAAACCAUGAGUCCCUGUUCUGGUAAUUACGGCAAUUGGAUCGGCGUUCUCUGCUCUGAAGGCUACAUCUGGGGUUUGCAAUUGGAGAACAUGGCCCUCGCCGGCGAUAUCGAUGUCGAUUCCCUUCUCCUCCUGCCCCACCUCCGCACUAUCAGCUUCAUGAACAACAAUUUUGAAGGUGGAUUACCAGAUUUCAAGAAACUUGGAUCCCUCAAGUCCUUGUUCUUGUCUCAUAACCAUUUCUCGGGUCAGAUUCCGGACGAUGCGUUUACGGGGAUGGGUUCUCUCAAGAAGUUGUAUUUGUCUCACAACGAGUUUACCGGCACCAUUCCUUCAUCGGUUGCCCAUCCCAACAAGCUUCUGGAGUUGAGGCUCGAUGGCAACCGUUUUACAGGGGCCAUCCCAGAUCUUCAACAAAAGGAUCUCAAAAUCCUCAAUGUUUCUAACAAUGAAUUAGAGGGUCCAAUCCCACCCACUCUCGCCAAACUCAACCCUACCUCAUUUUCAGGCAACAAAGAUCUGUGUGGGAAGCCUCUCGACUUGGAAUGCAAAUCCCCGGCUGUUCUGAGUGACCCCCAAAAAUCAUCUCCCAUGAAAAUAAUUUUAAUUGUGAUUUGUUGUUUGGUAGCAUUGGCAGCAAUCAUUAUGGUUUUAAUCAUAUACCGUCGCAGCUCCAUGACACCUCAAUUAGGAUCUUCGUCCUCCUUAAAAGCCACGGGUUUGCCAGUUCCAGCUGCAGUUGUAGUUGCGGAACAACAACAGUAUGGGUCAUCACCUGAUAUGAGCGUGAGUGGCAACUCUAAGAGGGGUGAUCAACAUGGAAAGUUGUCAUUCGUGAGGGACGACAGACAGAGGUUUGACUUGCAAGACUUGCUGAGAGCCUCUGCAGAGGUGUUGGGGAGUGGCAACUUUGGGUCUUCCUACAAGGCUGUGCUCAUGGAUGGCCAUGCUGUGGUGGUGAAGAGGUUCAAGCACAUGAACAACUGUGGUAGAGAAGAGUUCCAUGAACACAUGAGAAGGCUAGGGAGGUUGGGCCAUCCUAACUUGCUGCCUCUUGUUGCUUAUUACUACAGAAAGGAGGAGAAGUUGUUGGUGUUUGACUAUGUGCACCAUGGCAGCUUGGCCAGUCACCUUCAUGGGAAUCAUAGUGCGGAACAGCCAGGGCUUGAUUGGGCGACGCGGUUGAAAAUAGUGAAAGGAGUAGCUAGGGGGUUGUUUUACCUGCACGAAGAGCUGCCCAGCCUAAUCGUACCCCACGGUCACCUCAAGUCUUCCAAUGUGCUUCUUAAUGAAUCCAUGGAGCCCCUCUUGAUGGACUACACUCUAGUCCCUGUGGUCAACUUAGAACGCGCCCAGCAGAUCAUGGUGGCUUACAAAUCUCCAGAGUAUGCUCAGCAAGGCCGAACCACCAGGAAGACCGAUGUGUGGAGCCUCGGAAUACUCAUAUUAGAGAUACUCACUGGCAAGUUCCCUGCAAACUACCUCAUUGCACAAUCAGGCACCGAUGCCGCAGAGUUAACAAGUUGGGUUGACUCCAUUGCUAAGGAAGACACUGCCCGAGUGUUUGAUAAAGAGAUGGGUACCAAGAACAAUAAUAAUAAUAUUGAUGGUCAUGAUCAAGUGGGAGAAAUGCUAAAACUGUUGAAGAUUGGAGUGGCUUGCUGUGAAGAGGAUGCCGCGAAAAGGUGGGAUCUGAAGGAGGUUCUUCAGAAGAUUGAAGAGUUAAAUUAAUUUAAGUGAAAGGGGAGAUCAUCUAUCAUCGAGAUCAGCAGGGGACGAGACAACAGCGCCUAGCUUGUGUUGGGUUUGAUCGAUCUGUUUCCACUCCCCUGACGGCCAAGAUUAAUUAAAUAUUAAAAGAAAAGGAAGAAGAAGAAGAAGAAUAUUGAUUGAGGGUGCAUGCAUGGGAUGUUGGGAGAGCUAGCUGGGUUUCAGUUUUCAGUGGAGAGGCUGGGAAUACUGGGAUGCAUAUCAGCUGGUUUUAAAAUAAAUUUAAAAUUUUAUUUUAUUCUUUUUUAUUAUUAUUAAAAAUAUAUAUAUGGUUUUGAUCAUA